AUGGAAAACGAUUUGGAGCUCCAGUUGUUUUGCUCCAGCCAAAUGCCCAAGCAGUUGAAGGAAAAAAAAGAGAAGCUCCAUAAAUCACAUCGAAAGAAGAAGAAGAAAAAAAAGUCCAAGUCUAAAGCGGAUGAAAAAUGUCCCAACAAUGACAGCAAAAGCCUGAGCGAUGCAAAACGUAAAAAGAAAAAGAAGCGAUCAAGCAGCUCACCUUCCUCAAGCUCAUCAGGGAGCGAAGACGAACGUAGAACAAACAAACAUCCUGAUGUAAAACUGAAGAAAAGAAAGCAUGAAGUAAUGUCGGCUGAUUCUAAGCGUCACGAUUCUGAUGGACGAGUUUCUUCUUAUAAUGGACGUUCCGAUCAUGAUAGGAGAAGGAUUGACGAUAGACACGACAGAAGAGAUGACGACCAUCAUGAUCGGAGAAGAGAUCACGUCGAUGUUGAUAACAGAAGUGAUGAUAGAAGAAGAAAACAUCCCGAAUAUCGCUAA